CCAUUGUCUGCAACUGGUUGUUUUUUGAUCAUACGCUGUAAACAUUUCCAGAUGUUCGAAAACGGGUGAGAAUCCUAAUUAUGGCUGUCUGGUUGACAUUACUUGGUUCCGAUUCGGUUAACGUCUGCGAAUUGGUAGCGUUUGAAAACAGAGACGUAGCUGAAGAUGCCCGAGGGCGGUCACGUCUUGACUGGGCUGUGGAGUUCACUCGACAGGGUGUAGAUAGUGAAUGGGGUGAAAACGAUUUCAAUAAAGCAUAUUGCGUGAGAAUUUUUCAAAUUUCUUCGCCCAUUGUUUUGAUGUUUACCAUUUGUCUAUUCAUUCUUUGACUUGUUUUUUACUGGAAUUUUUGGUA